CUGGGGGCUUGGACUUCUGGGUCCUACCUACCUAACAGGAGGGAGCUACAGAUGAGGACCCCUGGGUCUGAAAGAGGAAGGGCUGGGGGCUUUGAGUCCUGAGAUAGGAGGGGCUUGAGAUCUCUGACCCCUGGACUCUAGAUAGGCCAGUGCAGGGAGAAAGAACUUCAGCACUGGUGGAGCAGACUCAGGUUCUAUCUCUUCUGUGACCUCACAAGCGUUCAGAACCCUAAGUUGGGCAGCGGGAAGAAGGGGAAGGGCUCUUGGGCAACGGGGGUGCCCUGCUUGCUGUCACUACGAGCCUGCACCUCUCUCAGGGCCCUGGGAGAUGAGCUUGCCGCUAUGAGACUGCAGAAGCUGGAAGAGCAGGUACUGUGCCCAGGAAUCCUGCCAACCCUCCCCUUCCAUCUCCCAUACCCCCUCAGGAGUCCCACCCCCAGGACUUGCUCUGGGACUCCUGGUCCUCAUUGGCUCUCUCGGAGUCUCAAGUUUUGCAAUUGGGAAACGAGAAAACAGGAAUUAGGAAUCCUCGGGAAGCAAAUCUUGGUGACGAGACUCCAAAAUUUCUAAGGAACAAGGGUUCUGGAUCCUUAGGACUCCUAGGUCCUUCGGGAGGAGGGGCCUGGAUGCCAGGACUCAGGGUUCUACGGAAGGAGUUGCUGAGAGACUGAAGGCCUGGAACUCUCCCACCUAUGCAAGGACUCCCCUUGCCCCAGGCCCCCUUUCACCCCUGUCUUCCGGUUCGGUUCCUAGACCCCCACCCCACCUCUUUCCCGCUCCUGCAGUGGCGUCUGUUUGAGAAGAAGCAGCGACGGAAGCGCCAAGAGCCCCUCAUGGUUCAGGCCAAUCCUGACGCUUCAGUGCGGCCGCGGAGACCGAGGCGGCGGGAGGAGCGCUUCUCGGCUGCCACCGACCCCCUCCCAGGCCCCAGGAAUCCUUUCCUUCAGGAGAAUGUGCCAGAGGCGCAUUUGUGCACUGAAUCCCACGGUAUCCUGGGCACCGUGAGCUGCGGUGGAGAUGGCAGUGGCGAGCGUGACCCUCUGUUACUGCCGACAGAAGCAGGCAGCUCUGAUCUGGAGUUGGAGGAAGUCUCCGUGGAGGAUGUUCCUGCCUCGCCGCCUCCUUGUGAAGAGCCUCCGGGGACUCUUCUGUCGCGCAAAGGUUGGCCAGCCCACCAACGAUCUGGCGCCAGUGCUGAGGACGAGAGCAAAUUACAGGAUGUUGGAAAUGAAUACGAAGUGCCCAGUGCCAGAUCAAGCCCUGGAAUGGAUGGUGACGGUGGCCUUGGAGACUUGGCCUCCAACAAGGGUGAAGACCUGGAAGAGAAGAAAGAGGAGCCGGAGUUUACCAUGAGGAAAUCCCCAGAGACGGGCGUCGAAGUGGUGUCCGAGGGCGCACACGGUGUGGGCAGCGGCGAUGUGGGGAGCUCGCCCCACACGCCUCCCUGCGCCCCAGGCCCUCGGCUGGGCGAAGACAUGAAAGCAUAUGUGCUGCGGCCAGCGAUGCGCGGUUGCAUGGUGCAGUGUUGCAUCAGCCGCGACAAGAGCGGUGUAGACAAGGGCAUGUUCCCUUUCUACUAUCUCUACCUGGAGGCAGCCGACGGCCGGAAGCACUUCCUUCUGGCGGGGCGCAAGAGGAAAAGGAGCACAACCUCUAAUUACCUCAUCUCUCUGGACCCUACAGACCUGUCUCGGGAUGGGGACAAUUUUGUGGGCAAAGUCAGAUCUAAUGUCUUGGGCACCAAGUUCAGCAUCUUCGACAAUGGGGUGAAUCCGGAAAGGAAACAUUUUUUCCCGGAGACUGCUCGGAUCAGGGAGGAGCUGGCGGCUGUAUGUUAUGAGACCAACGUCUUGGGAUUCCGAGGGCCCCGGAAAAUGAAUGUUGUUAUUCCGGAAAUCAACGCCCAGAACCAGAGAAUGUGUGUCCAGCCACAAAAUGAACAAGAAUCGCUCCUGAGUCGCCUCCAACGGGGAGCCAGGCAGGGCCUGGUCCUGCUGCGAAAUAAACCCCCAUCGUGGAACGACAAGAGCGGCGCCUACGUGCUCAAUUUUCAUGGUCGGGUCACGCGGGCCUCGGUCAAGAACUUCCAGAUCGUUCAUCCGGAUGACCCUGACUACCUCGUGCUCCAGUUUGGUCGUAUAGCCCCAGACACGUUCACCAUGGACUUCCGCUUCCCACUUUGCCCACUCCAAGCCUUUGCCAUCUGCUUGUCCAGUUUCGAUGGGAAGCUGGCAUGUGAGUAAAUUCAAUAAAUAACUCUCAUCAGC